AUGGCAAUUUCUUCCUUAAUUUACGUCUUCACUCUGUCCCUUUCUUUCUCCUUGGAUUCUUUCUCUUUCAAAUGCCCGUUCGUUUCGCCUUCUGUCAUCGUCAUCUAUCGCUGUGCAAAACCAUAUGACCUUUUUCAUUCUCUCAAAAGCCUAGCACCAUUUUCUUGCACUUUACAUCCAAAACUAAACCGUUCCUUCAUUUUUUCUUCCUACUCCUUCUCUCUCUCUCUGUGUUGUGCGCCUUUCUUCCUUUUUUUCUCUCUCAAUCUCGCAUACUCUUCUCUCUGCUUUUAUUCCUUACUCUUUUUCUCACUUCUUCUUUUUAAUUAUAGGGUCGGAAUCUCUCUCCCCCACCACCUUUCUCUAUCGCUCUCUCUUUCUUUCUCUCUGUAUAUAUAUAUAUAUAUAUAUAUAUAUAUAUAUAUAUAUAUAUACUUUUUGCCCACCUUCUUUCUCUCUUGUCUUACUGUCCUUCAUUGUAUCUUCCUACUCUCUCUCUCUCUCUCUCUCUCUCUUUCUGUUGUACGCCUUCGUUCUUUCUUUUUCUCUUUCUAUCUCGCAUACCUUUCUCACUGCUUUAUUCCUCGCUCUUUAUUUUGUCACUCCUUUACUCCUUCCUUCUUGCUAUCUUUCUCUUACACACCAUUUUCUUCCAUUCUCUCUUCACUUGAAUUUUCCUAUACGAUUUCAGUCUCCUUCUUUCUUUCUCUCUUUCCAUCCCUCAUUCCCGCUUGCGUGCCGUAUUUCUUCCUUUCUCUCACUCAUUUAAAAUUGCGCAUCUACUUUCAUCCUAUCUCUCCUCUAUUCUCUUGGUGCAUCAUACUUCCUUUCUAUUUCUCCCCCUUUCUUCCUUUCUCUCUAUUUCUAUUCCUUUCUCUCUAUUUCUCAUCCUUCAACUCUGUUUCUCCUCCUUUCUUCCUUUUCUCUAUUUCUAUCCCCCUAUUUCUCAUCCUUCCCUUUUCUCCCCCUAUUUCUAUUCCUUUCUCUCUAUUUCUCAUCCUUCAACUCUGUUUCUCCUCCAGUCUUCCUUUCUCUCUAUUUCUCCCCCUUUCUUCCUUUCUCUCUAUUUCUAUUCCUUUCUCUCUAUUUCUCAUCCUUCAACUCUGUUUCUCCUCCAGUCUUCCUUUCUCUCUAUUUCUCCCCCUUUCUUCCUUUCUCUCUAUUUCUCCUCCUUUCUUCUUCCUCCUAUUUCUCUUUCUAACUUGGAGCUCCACGUUUUUAUAUAUACACACUCACCCUCUAUCCCUAUAUCCCAAAUAUUGA